UCACCAACAAAGACUUUGAAGGGAACCCGUGUUAACUUCUUCCAGCCAGGGAUGGGGAGAGAUCUGGGCGGGGCUGUGGCUGUCCAGUCCGGUCCCCUCCCUUCACCUCUGGCCCAGGACACUCCUCCCCGGGGAAUGCUGCCAGUUGCCAGGAAUGCUGGGGGCGUUAGGGGCAGCCUGCCCAGCCUGAUGCAGACUCUCCUUGCAGAUGGGGUUGGUGAGGACUUGGCACACGGUUGUGUAGUACCUGGAGUCAGCAGCACCUACCGACGGAUCCCAGACGGGGCUCAAGAUUGGUCACUGGACUCCUGGAAGAGAGAUGGCCAGCUGAGAGGUCCCAGGAGGCAGCAACCACUUCUCAAACUGGCUUCCAGGGACUCAGGAGUGGAGAUGGUGGUUGGGGACGGGCCCCUGACGACCUCACCGGGCCUUUCUCAGGUCUGUCUGGACUUUGAGCCUACAGGGAGCCCUGAGCCCCUGGCCCUUGCUCCCGUGGAGCCUCCUGCCCAUCUUGGCCGGCUUCUGGCCAGCCGUAAGCUGGAGCAGGUGCUGGAGCGCUCCCGCCGGCUCCCCACUUCCCCCGCCAGCAUGUCACGACACUGCUGCUCACUGAAUCCCCCCUUCGAGCUGGAAAGUCAAGUGCCCCCUUUUGGAGCUGGGGAACAGGAGGCCACAGAGGCGGAAACUGACCUAGAGGCAGGCCUGGAGGAAGCAGAGGUGGCGGGGGCCCUGGGGCCUGAAGCCUGGGCCUGUCUUCCAGGACAAGGGCUCCGCUACCUGGAACACCUGUGCCUCGUGCUGGAGCAGAUGGCAAGGCUCCAGCAGCUCUACUUGCAGCUGCAGACCCAGAGGCCCCUACCGGAUCCUGAAGUGGAGGAAGAGGAGAUAGAGGGGGCAGGGGGGGAGCCAACCCUGGCCCCUUCACUGCCACCCUCUUGUGACCCAGGCCCUGAGGUGCAUGAACUGCUUAGCCAGAGGCAGGAGGCAGGGGCAGAAACAGCUGCACCCCUAAAGGCUGGGCUGCCCAGUGUCAACCCUCCCAGGCUCUUAGAGGCCGCAGCAGAACCAGCUCAGAUCUUUGCCCCCUCCCAGGGACACAAGCGGGAUCUGUCCCACUGGAACAAGGUCAAGGUCCUGCUCAACCGGAUCCGUUGGAGGAGCCUGAAACACCCUGAGUCCCCUGCCCUUCCUGAUGGCCCUGCCCCUAGGAUUGAGUCAAGAGGCGUCCCUGAAAGACCUCCAUGCCAACCCCUCCGAAAGACCUUUAUGCCAUCAUUUGUGGUUAAGAAGCAACGAGCAAAAAACCUUUCUGUAUGCUGAGACCUCCUGUGCAGGGACGUGACCCUGGGUUGGGGGGUGCGCAGUGAAGUCUUCUUCCUUGCCCUUUGCCCUGUUGCUGCUUCUGGGCACUGCCAGGAAGUGAUGCUCACCCUUCUCUCUGAGGAGAGGGCUGGAUCUUUCUCCUCUGGGCAGCCUGGCAGAGGAGCCCUAGCUCCCUGAGAGGCCUCAAGGUGCAGCAGCCCCCAGGCUCCUUGCUGGUUGCCAGAAAUCCCUGGACCUAGUCAAUGUGAACUAACUUAUUUAUCAGGAGUCCAUGGAGUGUGUUUGGCAUGGUGAUCUACUGGGGCCUAGUGUGUCACAGAUGCAUAUUUGUGCAAAAUGAUCCAUGUAUCUCCAUGAGUCAGUCACUGUUGUGAACUGGCUGGAUCCGACCGUCUCUUCUGAAUCAUACACCCAGAGGGUUGGUUGAUAUUCUGGGUGAGGUAACUGUAGAAGGAUGGAAGCGACCUCCAUUCCUCAGUGUGCAGUUACUGAUUUGGAGUCCUACUUUCUUUCUCGUACCUGCGUGGGUAGUCCCAGGACAGGACGGCGCGGGGAGGGGGUACGGAUGAACUACUAUUUUGGGAGCCUCUGCAUGGAGUCUUGCUUGUGAAGCAGAGCCCCCAAACACAACCUGGAAUGGAAGGGUCAGGGACAACAUGGAGAAUAGCAGAGUAAGCUUCAAGGUCUGUCUGCAGCCGCUUUGGUCCCUAAUAACCUUUACACAUCAGAGCUGAAACCAGACACUCAUACUAGCUUUUAGACCUUGAUAAAAAUCCCUUAACUUUUCUGAGCCAUAGCUUCCUACUUAAAAGUGUCCCAGAUGGUUUAAUGAUACCUGCCCUACCUACCUCACAGUCUUAUUAUGAAGAUAAAAUGAGAUCAAACUCUCAAA